GCCAGAGAUUCUCCCUCCUCCGCUGCUUUUCUUUUCGGCUCCCGAUGGCUUCUACUCUCCCAUCCAAUUGAACGUUGCUGCCGCCCUCAUCUGGACUCUCGCAGGCCAAGGAUCUACCCGCGGGGAGCUGGCUGGGUAAGCAUCGCCCGGCCCCCCUCGCCCCUUCCAAAGGGCUGUUCGGUGUGCCGCAGGUUGGCCCCAGAGAUGAUGCAGCAGCAGCAGGACGAGUCCAACUCUCCAGUCUCGCCCGCCGACGACAGCUUGAGCAACAGCGAAGAGGAGCCCGAUCGCCAGCAGCAGCAACAGCAACAGCAGCCGCAGCCGCAGCAGCCGCAGCUUCAAGGCGCCGGCAAACGAGGAGGACGGAAGAGGCGCUCGAGCCGUAGGGCGGCCUCAGGAGUCAGCGGAGGAGGCCCCGGAGGGGGCGGCGGAGUGACCGGCGGGGGUCUCGGCUCGGCAGAGGAGCCGUGUAGUCCGGCGCAAGGCAAAAGAGGCAAGAAGUCGGGCGGAGGCGGCAGCAGCAGCGGAGGCGGCAGCCCUCAGUCCUACGAGGAGCUUCAAACGCAGCGGGUGAUGGCCAACGUCCGCGAGCGCCAGCGCACGCAGUCGCUGAACGAAGCCUUCGCGGCUCUGCGCAAGAUCAUCCCGACGCUGCCGUCGGACAAGCUGAGCAAGAUCCAGACCCUCAAGCUGGCCGCUCGCUACAUCGACUUCCUCUACCAGGUUCUGCAGAGUGACGAGCUCGACUCCAAGAUGGCCAGCUGCAGCUAUGUGGCCCACGAGCGCCUCAGCUACGCCUUCUCCGUUUGGCGCAUGGAAGGCGCCUGGUCCAUGUCCGCUUCCCAUUAGCGUCCUGUUCAGCCUGGCCCGGAGACUUUAGAUAACAUUGUUCUCAAAGGGAAGGAGAGAAAAUGGACAAAGUAGAGACUCUGCAAUUGGAUUCGCCCUCACUUCACAUCCCGGGGUUAUUUCCCCCCUUCUCAGACUAUAGCACGCCAAGGAUUUUCUUGGAAAUGUAGACCCGUUCUUGGUCCAGGUUGCAAAGAGCAGGGCGUGGGGAGAGCAAUUGAGGCAAGAGACCUAGAGCCCCUCAGACGGUGAGGUGGCUGAUCCAGAGUGAAGGCUGGAUGAUCUACCAAACAUCUCUGCAUUCUGAUCGAAAUCUGAACCAGCUUCCCCCCCCCUUACCAUUUUGACGAAGAAUGUUGGAAUUUUUCCCCUACUUCCUUUCCCUCUUUUUUGCAUGCAUGCAUUCCCUAGAGAGCUUAUGAGCCACUCAUGAAAGGAAAUAUGUUACUGGAGUCCCCCACCUUUCUUUUUGAACAGAUCUAAUGACAACGAGCCCCCCCUUUUUUUAAGGAGUGAGAAAGGGAAAUUCUCCCACCCGCCGCCCAAAAACCAUUU